UGGAGGAUGAAGAAGGAGCAUGUGCUGCACUGUCAGUUUUCUGCGUGGUACCCACUGUUCCGAAGUCUCACUAUCAAGAGUGUCAUUCUUCCACUUCCUCAGAAUGUGAAGGAUUAUUUACUUGAUGAUGGAACUCUGGUGGUUUCAGGAAGGGAAGAUCCACCAACAUGUUCUCAGCCAGACAGUGAUGAUGAGGCAGAAGAAAUCCAGUGGUCGGAUGACGAGAACACAGCCACACUGACGGCACCAGAAUUUCCUGAGUUCACCACAAAAGUUCAAGAAGCUAUCAAUUCCUUAGGGGGCAGUGUGUUUCCUAAGCUGAACUGGAGUGCUCCAAGGGAUGCAUACUGGAUAGCGAUGAAUAGUUCUCUGAAAUGUAAAACCCUCAGCGACAUCUUUCUACUUUUUAAGAGUUCUGAUUUCAUCACUCGUGACUUCACUCAACCAUUCAUUCAUUGUACUGAUGAUUCCCCAGAUCCUUGUAUGGAAUAUGAGCUUGUUCUUCGAAAAUGGUGUGAAUUAAUUCCUGGGGCUGAGUUCCGAUGUUUUGUCAAGGAAAACAAGCUUAUUGGUAUUUCUCAAAGGGACUACACACAAUACUAUGACCAUAUUUCUAAACAAAAGGAUGAAAUUUACAGAUGCAUACAAGACUUUUUCAAGAAACACAUACAGUAUAAAUUCUUAGAUGAAGACUUUGUAUUUGAUAUCUAUCGAGACAGUAGGGGAAAGGUGUGGUUAAUUGAUUUUAAUCCAUUUGGUGAGGUCACAGAUCCACUGCUAUUUACUUGGGAAGAAUUGAUAUCUGGAACAAACUUGAAGGCUGAACUUAGUGAAGGAGAUGCCCUAGAGCAGGAUUCUCCAGCUUUUCGCUGCACAAACAGUGAAGUUACAGUCCAACCCAGUCCCUACCUGAGUUAUCGACUGCCCAAGGAUUUUGUAGAUCUCUCUACUGGUGAAGAUGCUCACAAACUAAUAGAUUUUCUUAAACUGAAAAGAAAUCAGCAAGAGGAUGACUAA